AUGUUAUUUAAAUCUAUUAUAACAAUCUCAAAAAAAAUUAAUAUCACAUCAAAUAAAAAGACCAAUAUUGAAUUAAAUAAUAAUCAUUCAAUAGAAAAUACCAAUAAUAUAAUUACUUUAAAGAGUACAUCAUCAUAUUUUACAAGACCAAAUUUUAUAAAUUAUUAA